AUGGACUACUUUGGUAUGGCAAUCGAUAAUUAUAAGCUCAAUUUGGCAUAUAUCCCAACAGAUGUGCCGUACCAAUGGGAUGAACAAGCCAAACGACAACCUAAACCAACACCACUCCAAAGCAAGAGACGCGAUGAGGCUAAAGCGAUUGAGCUGGCAAGAUUGUACGAGCUGGAGGAAGAGAGGCAGAAAAAAACCAGCCAAAAGCGAACCAGAACCGACCGACCAUCCCAAUCGACGGGACGAAGCUGGUAUGAGAGAUUUGAACGUUCAAGCCCACUAAACCAAUCCAACGAAGCCCAGACCCAAGAACAACCAGUACCAAUCACUACACAACAAACACACCCUGAGAUCAAGAAUGGAAACAUGGACAACGUGGGCAACUCCCAAACGACUGUCCGAAACCUACUUCUUCUAUCAAAGAAUCCACCAAAGCUUCCACAAAAGGCUAAAGAAAAAGAAAAGGACGUUGGUGUAGAUGAUGCCGCCACCAACGGAGAGGAAGAAGACGAAGAGGCUGGCGAUUCUCGAGCACAUUGA